CUCUUAGAAGGAACCUCGAAGCCUCAGCAAGUUAGGGGAGAGCAAGCUGAUGGUAGAAGUUGAGAUUGCAGGCAACUCUACCAUGGCCAUGAUUGACUCAGGAGCUACGGCAGACUUCUUGAGCAGUCGAUAUGCGAGGGAGUGGGAUUUACCCUUACGCAAGAAGAAGGACCCAUAUCCACUUAUCACUGCUGACGGAACUCCGAUUGCUUCAGACCAAGGCAUGGUUGAGUAUGAGACAACCGUCGACAUGACAAUGUUAGGCAAAAAGGUUAGAAGGACGUUCGAUGUCACUAACAUUGGGGAUUCGGAUAUCAUCCUUGGAUUGUCAUGGCUCCAGGACGAAAGACCGCACAUCGACUGGUCAACCUUAACUGUG